CUACCCGGCGCUACUGUUCUAAUAGCAAAUCGUAACCAUGUUAAAACCAUCGCAAUGUCUUUCCACAAUAUUGCGCCGCACAAUCACACAAUCUUGCUUUAAACGGGUACAUAUUACCAGGUACGUCGCAGUAAAGAAGUUUGUUGAUUCCGAGAAUGAUUACGCUAGCGCUGUUUUACUCAAACGAAGCAUGGAGGUACCGGUCAAGACGCACCUUAUGCCCGUGGAUAUGGACAAUAUCUUGCAAACACACGAUAGUUGGUGCAAUGAUGAUCCGGAAAAGGUAUUACUGCUUCUGAAGCACAUCGUUGCUUCGAUGGGAUCCACUAGCGAUGGUGCAUCACCGCUGGAAGAUGUUCGGUUUACCGAAUUUAUCAAAACGUUCGUGAAACUCGUACCGACAUUUAGCGACACACAGCUAUCCCAGGCACUGGAAACGCUUGCCGCACUGGAGGAGAUUAAAUCCAUUUACGAACCCAACUAUCUCAUACUGUGGACCACACUGGACAGCGAGUGUUUGGAGCGUGUGGCUAGCUGGAACGUGGAACAGCUGCUACAUUUUGCGGACCAGUGGUACCCGCUGCGGCUAGUAAAGCAGGGCAAGUUCGUGUACAAAGCAAUCUGGAAGAUAAGUAAUCGUUUGCGCAAACUACCGCCCGAACAGUUGUUGAAAACGGUUUUCUAUAUUAACUUAACGCGUGUGCCGGUGGAAAAUAUGAUGGAUAUCGAAACAAAUUUUCAACAAAACUUUGACGCUUUCACGAUCGACAAUAUAGCGAUAUUGUGUAUGGGAUUUUUUAAGACAGAAACACCGAUCCGAAAUAGUGAGCUGCUGGAGAAGAUUUACGGCAAAUUAAUCGCCCAUCUGCCUACGGUUGAAGACAUUGCUUUGACAGCGAUACUGAAGCUUUUGCGAUAUUCGUCUCGAAUACCGAACGUCACAUCGAUGCAGAAUCUGCUAGAUGCGCUUGUGCCUGAAAUAUCGAGACUUUCGUUAUUAGGCUGUCUUCAUGUGGCGUUGCUGGGCAGCGAUGUACACAUCUGCCAUCGGGGCACGCUCGAGCUGAUCGUGGAUAAGUUUCUCGCCCACAUUGACAAACUACGCCUGAAGGAUGCGGAACGGAUUGCGUUCGUGCUAGCGCACGGUAAUAUUACAUUAAAGGAAGGUCGUGAAAUGGUACUGCUGCGAACGAUACUGGCGGAUAUGCCGAACCGUGUGGCGGAAAUUGUACAGUACCCGAAAUGUUACGUAUCGCUGUUGCAUUUCCUUUCACUUCGGAACAUCUACGACACGACGUUCAUUUCGGGUGUGUUCGAUCGCCGAUUCCUGCAGCUAGCGUACAGUAGAAAUAUUGGCGGUGCUGGCCGGGAAACUGUUGGACUGGAUGCAUUUAUCGCCAUUAAUCUAGCGGAAGCAGCGUACGGUGGGAAUCGAUUUCCGGACCCCGCAUUCCGGUUGGUGUGUAAGCUUACGCAAGAUUACUUACCGAAUCCUAAGUACAAGCUAACCAAAUCUGAUCGUAUGCUGUUGGAUAUUCAGGCAACCUUUGCCACGUUAUCGAAGGUACCGUGUCAAGUAAUGCACCUGUUGCCACAUUAUCAACGGCCUGAUAUAUUGUUCUGCUUCAAUGAACGGACACGGCAGGUGGUAGCGCUGGGUGAAAACAGCGAAAUUGAUGUGCCCAAUACGCACAUAAUAAUGCAACGGGAAAAUAUUUUGGGAGAACGUAGCUGUGAUAAAAACCUAAAACUCGUUGCAAUCGUUGUUGGCUCGUGGAAUUGUUAUAUACGCAACGAUAGACGGCGUACCGGUGGGUACGCGAUGAAGCUGGCACAGUUAAGAAAAUUAAACUAUGACACGAUUGAGAUACCGUGGUACGAGUGGCCGGUCUACUCUCGGGACGACAUGCGAAAGUAUCUCGAGACGAAACUGUCACCGUUCCUGCACAAAGCACGUAAGAUAGAGAUGAUUAAAUAAACG